CGGACCAGCCAUUAGCCAUGGCGACCACCACGAGCAGCUUCUUCCUUCUCCCCCUCUUCUUCGUCUUCGUCUUCCUCGUGCCAGGAAACGAUGCGGUCUUCGACGUGGUGAAGUUUGGAGCAAAAGCCGACGGGAGUGCCGACUCCGCUCGGUCUUUCCUCAAGGCUUGGUCCUACGCGUGCAACUCUUGGAGCCCUGCCACCGUGUACGUGCCCGCCGGGAAGUUCCUCGUGACCCAGGCCGUCUUCCGUGGCCCCUGCAAGAACUCCAUGAUCAAGUUUCUGAUCCAAGGAACCCUGGUUGCGCCUUCCGGCUCCGGUGGGUCGGACCAGUGGAUAGCUUUUAGCGGCGUCGAUGGCGUUUCCAUCAGCGGCGGCGGCACCAUCGACGGCGGCGGGAGUCGCCUGUGGGCCUGCAAAUUAGCUGGCCGCAGCUGCCCCAGAGGCACAUCGUCGCUGACCUUCGUCAACUCCAAGAACAUCGCCGUCGACGGCCUGACGUCGAUCGACAGCAAGCUGUUCCACAUCGUGGUCCUCCGCUGCCAGAACGUGAAGCUGAGUCGAGUCAACAUCGUGGCGUCGGGGAACAGCCCCAACACCGACGGCAUCCACGUUCAGAUGUCCACCGGCGUCGACAUCCUCCAGGCCAACAUCCGGACCGGCGACGACUGCAUCUCCGUCGGCCCCGGCACCGCCCACCUCUGGAUCGAGCGCGUCUUCUGCGGCCCCGGCCACGGCAUCAGCAUCGGGAGCCUCGGCAGAGCUCAAGGUCAGCGAGCACAGUCCUCCUGCAAGUACGCUAAUGGGGUUGCUUCCGGUCUCAAUAGAGAGAGGAAAGAGAUGGUGAGGAACAAGCAGGUGGUGCUGAAGGAGUUCGUGGUGGGAGCUCCGAAGGAGACGGACAUGGAGAUCAGGCAGGGGAAGGUGAGCCUCAGAGCCCCCACAGGGGUGGAGGGAGCCAUCGUCGUGAAGAACCUGUACCUCUCCUGCGAUCCCUACAUGAGGGGGAGGAUGAGGGAUUACUCUGACUCCUAUAUCCCUCCGUUUCAGCCCGGCUCGGUGAUAGAGGGCUUUGGGGUGGCCAAAGUUGUUGACUCCACAAACCCAAAUUUUUGUGUUGGUGACUACAUCACAGGACUAACUGGCUGGGAAGAGUACAGUACUAUUGUCAGGACUGAGCAACUGAGAAAAAUUGAGGUCUUUGAUGUCCCUCUUUCAUACCAUGUGGGACUUCUCGGUAUGACUGGUUUUACGGCUUAUGUUGGCUUCUACGAGAUCUGUGCCCCAAAGAAAGGGGAUUAUGUCUUUGUAUCUGCUGCAUCUGGAGCAGUUGGUCAGCUUGUGGGUCAACUUGCCAAGCUACAUGGAUGUUAUGUUGUUGGUAGUGCUGGAUCAGCACAAAAGGUUGAUCUUCUGAAGAACAAGCUAGGGUUUGAUGAAGCAUUCAAUUACAAAGAGGAACCUGACUUGACUGAAGCUUUGAGAAGCUACUUCCCAAAGGGCAUUGACAUCUACUUCGACAACGUAGGCGGCGCCAUGCUCGACGCAGCACUGCUCAACAUGAGAGUCCAUGGUCGGGUCGCCGUAUGCGGGAUGGUCUCUCAGCACGCCGUCUCUGACCCCAAGGGGAUCUCCAACCUCUACACCCUCGUGAUGAAGCGCAUCAGGAUGGAGGGCUUCAUCCAGAGCGACUACCUGCACCUGUUCCCCAAGUUCUUGCCCACCAUCAUAGAUCUCUACAAGCAGGGGAGGAUUGUUUACAUCGAGGACAUGAACGAAGGUCUCGAGAACGGACCGGCAGCAUUCGUCGGCCUUUUCACCGGCAAUAAUGUGGGCAAGCAGGUCGUGUGUGUCUCAAGGGAGUAGCUUGAUCUGUUCUUUGCACUGAUAAGAGGCAGAGUGUGUCCAAAUUCCUCUUCCACAAUAUAAUGUUUUGAUCUGAGAGUGCAAUCUGCUAGAAAGAUAUUAAAUGCUAUGAGGUUGACAAUGCAUUUGUAAAUCUUGAUAUGAAUUUAAUGGCCAAAUAUAAUUUUAAGAGGAA